GACUUUGAUGUGACACAGUGAUCACACGUGCGAUUGUGUUUAUUUAAUUAUUUUGUUCAUUUAAGUUUAGUGAAAUAUCUUAUAAAAUGACUGAAGAAACAAAUGAGAAAGUCCUCUCAAUAUUAGCUAAUAUAAAAAAUAACCAAGAGAACGCAGAGGAUAGCGAAAAACUCGAAAAAGUGGAGGUUAUUUCAGGAUCAAAACAAAAACUUUUGAAGAAGAAAGAUCCAAUAAUGGGCAAACCUAAGUCCGGCAGAUUUUGGAAAUCGAAAAGGGAACGAUUCUCAUCAAUAAACAAAACCAAAGGUCUUCGACAGGACUUUGUAAAGAAGACAGCACUACGAAUUGACUUACAGAGAACAAAGGAACUAUCUAAACAAGUUCAGGAAGAAUUAAAGCAGAAGGAAUUAAAUCGCAAAGAAAGGAGACGUGAAAACAUAAAACGGGCAGAGGAGAAUAAGCGUAAAGCAGAAAUUGUUCAAGUUAUUACAAAUUCUGCUAAGCUGAAGAGGAUGAAGAAGAAGCAAUUACGGUUCAUCGAGAAGAGAGACACCAAUAAGCAGAUUGAAGCUAGUAAAUAAAAAAUAUAUUGUAUG